AUGGUUGCUGAAAAUAGUAAUGCUACUGUGAUCAAUGUCACAAAUAGUAGUACUGAUAAUAUUAACUCUAUAAGAACCGGUGAUGAAAACCAAUUAAGUUCAAUGCUGAAAAAUACUGGCGCCAUACCAAAAAAUACUGGUGCCAUACCAAAAAAUAAUCAAAGUAUAGUGAAAAACACGGGAAAAAUCCUAACAGGUAUGGACCGUUACAUCACUAUAACUAAACGCAAGUCCAGUCCUAGGACAUCAAAAUUGGAACCAAAUCCAAAACAGGCAAAGAAAAAUCCGGUAAGUCAAAAUCGUUUCGCAAUUCUUGCCAAUCAAGAAAGUGAAAAAACACCCGCAAAGCCUGUAACAGACUACAAGCCACCUCCCCUAUAUUUGCGCGAACCCUCUACAAAUGUUUUGGUGAACAAAUUGUCCCAACUUGUAGGUAAGGAGAAUUUCCACGUGGUCUCUCUGCGUAUAGGAAAUAUACAAGAGGCAAAGACACAAACCUACUCGGAAAAAAUUUCAGAAUAG